AUGCUGGGGUUUAUGGACUACGUGCAGAAUGCCUUCUAUGAAGCCACCCACUGGAAUCAUGAUAAUUCGUACUCACACCUGACAGCAACAGCUCAAGCGCUGCUUGACUUCCAGACUCCACGCGGGCUGCGCCUGAACCUUUCGUCGCUGUCGUCGCCAAAUCUUGCAACGUCCUACUCGCUCGGCACCGUUGGGGUCGUGGACGGUUCCUUGUCCUACCUGUACUCGUCGCUGGCGCUGGAUGUCAAGUCACGGAGCAGCGAGAUUGACUUGCACAAUGUCGUACGGGGCUACAGGCACCUUAAAGAACUGCGGCGGCCUGACGAGCCUUGGUGGUGGGAGUUAUGGCACAGAGGCAAGCGCAUUGAUCGCAGAGCGACUGUGCUCUAUGGUCGGCUUUUCCUGCCCACAAACUCGUUAGAGGCGCUGUACCUGCGUCGAGUCUCGCCCACGCGGCAAGUGCGGAUAGCUGCGGUCAGCGACUCGAACAUGAAUAAUGGCGGCACCAUCCUCGGAGUCGUGCAGAACGACCACGGCAAGUAUAGCACCGAGUAUCUUUACAGCACGGACAGCGCGCUCUUGGGCGUUCGGGGGCUUUACAACUUUGGGCCCGACCCCAGGACGCCAGCCGGCGGCAACGGCGACGACGAGGCAAAAUCCCCCAGCGCCGAACGGGUCAGCGGCAUGUUCAGUGCGGGCGCGGAGCUAUACUACGGCCUUCUGAACAAGAGCGGUGGCAUGAGCACUGGCCUGAGGUUUACCACCCUACCCCAGCAUACGGGAUUUCCCUACACAAUGACCCUUACGCUCAACCCCCUGAUGGGCAACCUGUCGUCUACGUACGCCGUCAAGGCCGGCCACAACGUCGCGCUGUGCUCGCGCUUCGACUUCAACUUCUACUCGUACGAAAGCGACCUGCAGCUGGGGUGCGAGCUGUGGCAGCGACGGCGCGACGCAGACGCGGAGUGGGCGGUCAAGAUGCUCCGGCCAGGCUGGGCGCAGCGCACCCCGUCCCCGGACGAGGAUGUGACGGGCGUGAUCAAGGCCCGCGUCGACCAGAAGUGGCGGAUUGGAGUGCUCUGGGAGGGCCGGAUCAAGGAGCUCCUGUUCACAGUGGGAGCCAGCUUCGACCUGAAACGACGGGAGCAGAUCUUUCGCGCCGUUGGCGUUGAGGUACAGUACUCAUCCUAG